AUGUCUUCAACUUCUUUGAACUCUGGCUGGAAAUCAACGCGUAGAAAUUUUCGAAAAAGAUUUAAUAACAUAUAUCAUAAAUUUCCUAAGUUACCAGAAACUCUCCCAAGAGAAGAUAGUCUUCCCUUGCAGAUUGGAUCGUAUAUUACAGUGAAAGGUUAUAACACCUUUCUUGACGAAAACGAAAAAGUUGGAUAUAAGUUUUGUUGGAACAGAGGCAACGUAUACAUUGCUGAAAUGGCCAAUCCAGAGUACGAAGCUGUGGUAUCAUAUCUUGAUGACUGUUUUAAAGAACCAAACAAUCGUGUAAAACUUGGCCCGAUAGUAGUACUUGGUCAACCAUACCAUUACAACCCAAACGGAGCUGGAGAAAAAUAUGCACCAGAUCUUGCUGUUCGUGGUUCAAUAGAUCAUGUUUCAGAACCCAUAAUUCCGCAUCCUGGUCCGCCCCCAAGCGACGUAAAAGGUAACCCUCACGCGAGAAUCGUCUGUGAGGUCGCUAACGCUCAAAACAUCACUAGCUUGGAUACAAGAUGCGAAGAUUGGAUGUAUGAAGAAUAUGUGCGCUGCGUACUUGGCAUAAAACUUUUUCCUAAAACAACUAUAACAAUUAUGGGAAGAACCGCUGUUCAUCAGGCAAUGGUGGCUAGGUUGUGGAUGCGCCAAGCAUCGAGAGGCAGUGUUUUAUCGAGAAACACAACCUUAGCAGUAGCAGGAGUACACGUUACCGAGUGGGAUUUCGGCACAAUACAAUAUAAUAAUAAUACACCCACACCCACCGGUUGCAACGCCUUAAAUCUCAACGCCUUUCAAAUCAACAUCCCAAUCACGGAUGCUUUCCAUGACCCUCCAAUCGUUGGGGGAGUUCCUACACCAUAUGCUGUAUUUUUACCUGGAACAGUCGUUGGUGUUAAUUUCGUAAUUGAUUUAUUUGAGUUGCAACAAGCAGUUAUACGAACAAAGUAA